CUUUUAUGUAAAUAAUAAAGUGAGAGCAUUUAUUUUAUUUUAUUUUUUUUUUGUUUUAUAUGGAAAUCUGGAAAAAAGUCAGAAAAAUCGAAAAACAGACGACCAAACACAAAACAAAUCUCUGACAACACACUUUCCAACAUCAAAACUUUUUAUUUUAAAACAGCGGCUAAUCAAAACAUUCAUCAUUUAUCUAUCCCUUAUAUAUUAUAUAUAGAUAGAAUAGAGAUCCAGUCUUUCGUUAGGAUCAUUGAGUUGUGUUUGUAUUUUGGUUUAGUUUUGAAUCUAUUCUUCCCCCCAUCCAAAGUAUAAUUGUGAUCUGUUACACGGUUUCAAAUUGGUAUUCAAUCAAAAAUGACAACUGAAGUUCAAUCAGCUACCCCUACUACUACCGCUCCUCAUCCUGAGGUGAAGAUUAUUAAAAAGAAAUUAAAUGGUUAUGUUGGAUUUGCCAAUUUCCCAAAACAAUGGCAUAGAAAAUCAGUUAGAAGAGGUUUUACUUUAAAUGUUAUGACUGUUGGUGAAAGUGGAUUAGGUAAAACUACUUUAAUUAAUACUCUUUUUAAUAAAGAAAUCUUAUCAUCCAAAGAUUCUGAACUUGAAUCUUCAACCACUGAAGAUGAAUCUAAAGAAGAUGAUAUUAAAGUUAAAAUUAAAUCAAUUGAACAUGAAAUAGAAGAAGAUGGUGUUAAAUUAACUCUUAAUGUUGUUACUGCUCCUGGAUUUGGUGAAUCUCUUAAUAAUACUGAUUCUUGGAAACCUAUUGUUGAAGAAAUUAAUAGUAGAUUUGAUUCAUAUUUAGAAGCUGAAAGUAGAAUUAAUAGAGCUAUUAUUAAAGAUUCAAGGAUUCAUGCUUUAUUAUAUUUCAUUGAACCAACUGGUCAUUCAUUAAAAUCAUUAGAUAUUAGUUUAAUGAAACAAGUUCAUGAAAAAGUUAAUUUAAUUCCAAUUAUUGCUAAAUCUGAUACUUUAACUGAUGAAGAAAUUUCGGAUUUUAAACAAAGAAUAUUGGCUGAUAUUCAAGAACAAGGUAUUAAAACUUUUAUUCCUGUUGAUUAUGAUGAUAAUACUGAAGAUGAUGAAACAAUUUUAAAAACUAAAGAAAUUUUAAGUAAAAUUCCAUUUGCAGUUAUUGGAUCAACAAAAGAAGUUAAAAAUUUAGAAGGUAAAUUAGUAAGAGGUAGACAAUAUCCAUGGGGUAUUAUUGAAGUUGAAAAUGAAAAUCAUAAUGAUUUUAGUUAUUUACGUCAAUUAUUAAUUAGACAAUUCUUAGAAGAAUUAAAAGAACAAACUUCAAAUGUUUUAUAUGAAAAUUAUAGAUCUGAAAAAUUAAAAAAAAUGGGUAUUGAACAAGAUGAUAGUGUAUUUAGAGAAUUUGAUCCAUUAACAAGACAAGAAGAAGAAAAAGCAUUACAUGAAGCAAAAUUAGCUAAAAUGGAAGCAGAAAUGAAAGCAGUAUUUCAACAAAAAGUUUCUGAAAAGGAAAAGAAAUUACAAAGAUCAGAAGCUGAUUUAUUUUCAAGACAUAAAGAAAUGAAAGAUAAAUUAGGUAAACAAAUAAAAUUAUUAGAAGAAAAGAAAGUUCAAUUAGAAAAGCAAAAAACUUUACCUCAAGAACCACCAGUUGCUCCCGCUGCUCAAAAGAGUCGUAAAGGUUUCUUACGUUAAUCUAGUUUUAACUUGACUUAAUUUUUGAUUAAGUAAAAUGUUUUCUUGGGGAUUUAUUAUUUAUAAUAAUAAUGAUGAUAUAUAGUUAGUAUUUUUUUAUAUAUACUUGUUUGUUUGUUUUUUAUUAUUCUCUUUCAUUUUGUGUUUUAGGUAUAUUUUAAUUGAUAUAUAUAUAUAUUUAUAUUAAGUAUAUUUGGUU